GAUUCCAUUUGACUCAUAAUUUAAUUUGUACUAUCAUAUGGUAAAAUAGUAAAUGUCUUGAACCAUAUUGAAAAGCACAGUUUCCAUAAAUCAUAGUUCCAAAGCCUCUAACUCCCUCACAUUUUUUCUGCAUUUGCAUGGUCCCAAUUCUGUCAGCUUUGAUGUUGACUGACCUCUCUCUAUUUAUUCCAACUCCAAUUCCCCCAAAACAAUGCAAAAACUCAUUUCAAUCUUUCACCUUCUUGAAAAAUGUCUCAUCAAAGCUUUCUUGUUCUUGGAAUUAUGUUCUCCAUGAUUUCACAUGUUUAUGGUUAUGGAAACAAUUGGGGUUGGAUUAAUGCUCAUGCAACCUUCUAUGGUGGCAGUGAUGCUUCUGGCACAAUGGGUGGGGCAUGUGGAUAUGGAAACUUGUAUAGUCAAGGUUAUGGGACUAAUACAGCAGCACUUAGCACUGCAUUAUUCAACAAUGGUUUGAGUUGUGGUUCAUGCUAUGAAAUUAAAUGUGCAAAUGAUCCAAAAUGGUGUCUCCCUGGCUCCAUUGUUGUUACUGCCACUAAUUUCUGUCCACCUGGUGGUUGGUGUGACCCUCCCAAUCACCAUUUUGAUCUCUCUCAACCUGUUUUCCAACACAUUGCUCAAUAUAAAGCUGGUAUUGUUCCUGUUGUUUAUAGAAGGGUAGCAUGUAGAAGAAGAGGUGGAAUAAGGUUCACAAUCAAUGGUCAUUCAUAUUUCAACUUAGUCCUUGUGACCAAUGUUGGAGGUGCUGGUGAUGUUCAUUCUGUAGCCAUCAAAGGUUCAAGGACAAGAUGGCAAGCCAUGUCAAGAAAUUGGGGACAAAAUUGGCAGAGCAACUCUUACUUAAAUGGACAAAGUCUUUCAUUUGUAGUCACCACUGGUAAUGGUCAUAGUAUUGUGUCAUUUAAUGUUGCCCCACCUAGUUGGUCCUUUGGACAAACCUACACUGGAAGACAGUUCCUCUACUAACCAACCCUUUAAAUGCAUACAUUAAAAAAAAUGCUAAGCCAUAGUUGAAUAGUGUAGAUGUAUCAAUCUAUGCAGCACCGACAUCUCAUAUUGAAGAUAGUCGAGUAUUUGACAUGUGUCGGCGGUGUGUCCAAUAUCUAACAAAUGUUGGUAUGGGACAUUGAUAUGAUCACACCCGACAUAUAUAGUUAUAUUCAACCACGUCUAUAUUUUAAAUUAUUACCGGUAUUUAUGUGUUUAUGUCAGUAUUGUGUUCGUGUGCGUGGCAAUAUUUGGCGCAACUAAGAUGGUUUAGUCCAUGUAAUAUGUGUUGAUUUAUAUUGUUUUAUUUUUUUUCUUCCUUUUUUUCAAAAGGAAUUGUUUCCAUAAUAUAUGCUAAAUCUCAAGGGUACUUAGUUUUGAAAUA